AAGAAGCCCCUUUGAAAAAAUGCACACACAUUUUUCAGAGCUAAGGCAGACACAGACAGUAACCUGGAGGUGGGGCGGGAGUGCGACAGCAUCACAGCUGCACUUCUGCAAAGAUUCAAGUUGGGAAAACAGAGCGAGAUGCAGAGUGAGAAAUGCAAGCCCAUCACUAGCAUAUUGAUGGGGGAAGUCCUUAAGACCAUGCAAAGCCUGAUGGUUUCCUAUAUUUCUGAGAGGAGUGCCUUGAACUGCUGAGCACAGCCGGCAGGGAUUCCUAAGCACAUUUUGGAGCAGCACGCUGCCGUGUGGAUGGUGUGGUCCAGAUCUUGGGCACUUCAGCCAGCCGUCCCAUGGAUGUGUAUGACAUUCCACCGUCAAGGAAGAUGUCUGUUCCAAAACUCCAGAUUGGAGAACUGCUGGACAGUGCUGGUGAAGAGACUGGAGGUGGCCCACCGCCUGAUGACCACCUGAGGAAUCUGAAAGCUCUGACGGAGAAACUGAGGCUAGAGACGAGACGGCCUUCCUAUCUGGAGUGGAAGGCCAAGCUAGAGGGAUUGGCAUGGAAGAGCCACCCCAAACCUCCUGAGGAAGAUGAAGAGGGCAGCCCCGAUGAGGAGCCCCUGAAGGAAAACGUUCCUUCAGGAGAGGUGCAGCCACACAUCAACGGCAGCUCUUCCAAAGAGCAAGUGAUGCUGGCACCGGGGAAAAGCAGAGGAUUUAAAAAUAUCGAUGAAGCUUUAUGUUGGCUCAGAAAAGAACUGAUGGAAAUGCGUCUUCAGGACCAGCAGCUAGCCCGGCAGCUCAUGCGCCUGCGCAGCGACAUCAACAAGCUGAAGAUCGAGCAGACCUGCCACCUCCACCGGCGCAUGCUCAACGAUGCCACCUACGAGCUGGAGGAGAGGGACGAGCUCUCGGACCUCCUCUGCGACUUCCCUCUGACCUCCUCCUUCAGCCUCUCCACCCCGCUCAAGCUCAUCGGCGUGACCAAAAUGAACAUCAACUCUCGCCGCUUCUCACUUUGCUAAGAGGAAGGGGUUGGGUGCCCAAGUGGGUCUGGUGGGAGAAGCACAUGCGAGAGAGGAGGAGAGGGCUCCCCCCAUUCCUUUGCCUGGUGGGGAAGCACAGGAGGGUAUAGAGACUGAAGUGGGGAGGCAGAGUGGGACCCACAACUGCUCUUCCAGUGAGCCAAGAUGGCGGGUCAAGUGGGGUGGUGAAGAUGGCAUCCCAGGGUGCUUUGCAGUAAGGGUGAAAAGUGAGGACAACUUGGCAUGCCUCAUGGGUGGAAGCUAGAGGCCACCUUAGGUCAACACUUGGGCAGCAACAUUCAAGCCCCGUGGCCAGAUUGAAGGUGUAAAGAAAGAACCAUUCUGGGAGUUGGGAGCUCCAAAAUUCAGGACAGAGUCAGAGAAUCACAGCUGCCCUUUGGAAAAGGGCCUUUGGCCAAAAAGGGCCUUUGGCUGACUCCAGAUUGGACCAAUCAUGGAGCAGGGGAAGGAAUGAGAGAGUCAGGUAGCUAUUAUGAAGUCACUGUCCAAUUGUGAGGGCCCUCCAGAGCAGUGUUUCCUGUAACAGGGUUCCCCAGCUGUUGUUGACUACAACUCCCAGCAUCCCCCAGCGGCAAUGACCUUUGGGAACCCCUUUCCAUGAGGGAUGGAAAGGGAGACAGUGGAUAUGGACUGACAUGCUACACAAUGUUCUGUGUGCCUUUUUGUGAAAUGUGUGUGUGUGUAGUUGUGCAAGAGCGCUCCUGUGCAAAUGCACAAGGUUGUGCAAAUGGAGUGGGGCAACCAUUGUGCAACUGCAUUCCUGCAUUUGCACAAAAGUGCCCUUGUACAACUGUGUGCACAUUUCAUUAAAAGAACAUUGCACAGUAUGUCAGCCACUGUAGGUUAACACACCUUUUCAGAUCAUUAUUGCCUGUAGAUUUAGACAUCCUUGAGGUGCCAGGCUUUUUAGAUCCUGUCGUUGGCUUGUUGCAAUGCCUUAGGCCAGCAGUUGCUGACCCUGCAUCCCCAAAGGCUGUUGGACUACAACUCUCAUCAUCCCCAGCUGCCAUGGCCUGCCAGCUGUCAUCCAAUAUCAUCUGGGGAUGCAAUUUGGAAAGCUCUGCCUGUGUAUGGACUGUACCACUUCAGACCAUGGAUGGGAGUUGACAUGAAGCCAUGAUCCUCCAUUCAUGGCACACAGACCAAUAAUAUAUCAGGGCGAGGAGUUCACCCUGGCCUUAACUAGCUUUCCUGGUGGGGUGAAUGUUUUAUGGAGGGGCAUCCAGCCAUGUGAACCCCCACCUGCAAUCAGAAGUGGUACAGUCUAGACACAGGUUCACCCCCUCAGGGAGAAGUAGGCCCAGAGGUUUGGCAUAAUGCUCUCACCACCCUUAAGGAAGCCUAAUGCAAACUACCUAAAUAAACACAAGGAAUCCCGAUAAUCUAAUGAAGAUGAUUGGCAGCAGAUUCAGGAUAAAGGAAAGGAAGCCGUUCUUCUUGCAGUGCACAAGUAAUCUGCUACAGCAGCAGUCCCCAGAUGUUGUUGGACUACCACUUCCAUCAUCCCUAGCCACAGUGGAUGAUGGGAGUCGUAGUCUCACAACAUCUGGGGACCCGACUUUUAAACCCCCUGGACUACGAGGUAGUGAGAUUGUCCCCUUGACUUAAUCAGGGUCCAACAAGGAUUAAAUCGCUCAUGGAGAAUAGGUCUAGCAAUAGCUCUGGGCAACCCGAAAGAGCUUUACUGAGCCUGUUUGCCGAUUUCCAGAUGUUGGUGGCAAGCCUCAGAAGACAGCGGCUCUGCUUGUGAACUUCUGGGAGGUGACAGAGUGCUGAAUGGGAUGUGGGAAAGCCACCUGAGAAAACCCUCCAAACUUUCUCCUUGGGAGCAGGGGCAUAGCUAGGGGAGAAGGGGCCUGUGUUCAUCCCUCUCUCUGGCAGCCCCCCCCCAGAGUGAGGGAGAUAAUGAAGACAAUAGGGAGGGAGGGAGCUGGGGGCCCGUGUUCUUUGAACCCUUUCGCUCAGUUAUAGCUAUGCCCCUGCUUGGGAGGAACUCUGAAAUGUGGAGAGAGCUUCGGUGUCUCCUUGGAGAAGCCGGGAAAUGCAGAGCGGCUUGACACUUGGGAGAAAUUUCUCCGCCGCCCUGAAGUCCAGCACAGCAGCUUGUACAGACUUAAUUCCCAAGACCUGUGCCUGGUGUCAGGCCCCACAAAGCAUGAGCUGGGCCACACAUCUCAAACACCACCACACUGGCACACUCCUGCAGCGUUUCUAAGGAUGCCACCCACCAGGGGCAGACUAAGGCAUUGCAGAGCCUGAGAGGAGAUGCCAGCUGCUUCCUUGCCCCAGGUGUGGGCCCGCCCCCUUUCCAAACCCUGCCAGCUUUGAGAGUCCAUGGGGGGCAGGAGAGAGGGCAGGUUGCCAGCAGCCUCCUCUUCUCUCCUUGUGCUUCUUGCCAGCUUUGUAAGGAGCAUGAGGAGAGUCUGCAGGGAUCAGGUUGGCUCCAAAGAGCUGCUCCAGUGGUGGCCGCUGGGCAUCUGCCCUGCCCCCGACCAGCGCCAUCACCAUCAUCCCAUGAAACCGAUUGCUAGGAGGUUUAAGACUGAGAAAAGGAAGCUCCCCCACCCCCACACAGCGCAUAAUUAACCUAUGGAAUUCUCUGCCACAGGAUAUGGUGACAGCCCCCAGUCUGGACGGCUUUAAGAGGGGCUUGACAAAUUCAUGGAAGACAGGUCUAGCAAGGGCUACUAGUCUGGUGGCUACAGGCCACCUCCAGCCUUCGAGGCAAGAUGCCUCUCAAUAGCAGUUGCAGGGGAGCAACGGCAAGAGGGGGGCAAGGCCUCACCCUCUGCCUGUGGGCUCCUUGAAGGCAUCUGGUGGGCCACUGUGUGAAACAGGACGCUGGGCUAGAGAGGCCUUGGGCCUGAUCCAGCAGGGCUGUUUUUGUGUUCUGAUAAUCUGCCACCUGAAUCACCUGCCUCAUGAAAGGGCCGCCUCUGCCAGACACCUGACCGGACACAAAAUGGCCUGGCUGGUAUGUCUCCCAAGUCAGUUGUCAGAAAAGGGGGGAAUUCCAUCUUGGUCCCCCAAGCACCACCACCGGCCAAGUUUUAAGCUGUAUACCUCAGAUGAAGAGGCAGCUUUUGUACCAGGCUGUGUCUCCACACUCAGAUCCACCCUAGCCUCUGCCCCCCAAGCCAGAUACCUUCAGCUGCAGGCUCCACCCAGGCCCCAGAGGGUUGGUUUUAGGAGCAGGAGACCUGAGCAGCCCAUGUCCACUUCUGCCCCGCAGCCGCCCGGCUAGUGCCGCGUCCAUCACUUGGCUUCCAGGGUCACCCUCCCAGGCUCUGCCAACCGGCACCUGCCCAAGCCAAGUUCCUGUUAUAAGAAGAAAAAUGGAGUGUACACUUACGGAGCAAAGCGGCCAAAGGAUACUGUGCUAAGUCAGGGCUCUCAGAUCUGGCUCCUUCAGGCUGGGGAUGUUGGGAGUUGUAGUCCAACAACCUAUGGCGACCCACGUUUGAGAACGUGUUUGUUAAGGCCGAAGUGCAUUCUGUUGGCCAGGGGCAUUGACAACACUGGAUACGUGCCUCGGAUGAAUUACGUCGUGCCUCCACACUGUUUGACACUGGUGGCUUCAAAAAGUGGGAGAGAGCACGGGUUUCCUUUAGACAGCAUGAAGAGGUUUAAUUCUGAAAAUUGGGGAGAGGGCUGUAAGCUGAAGCCAGGCCCUAUGGGCCCCCGAUCUUUUAAGUACCUAAACACACCUCUGAUGUGUGUUUACACACCACCUAGCCAGUCUCCUGUCAACAAGGUUUGCCCAUCACUAUUAACUCACCCCACCGAAGCACCAGAUAACUAUCCGCACUCACCCUUGCCAAUGCUCCUUUCUUGAGCAGUAGCUUUCCUGAACACCUACACUUUUCUUAGGACACUGCAAGAGGGCAAUACCCCAAAGGUUUGGAUCUGACCCUUCAGAUACAUUGAGAGGUGGGUCUCAUGAUCAGUGAGACCCACUUUGUCUGGGUUCAGAAAAGAGAGACCCUCGAGAGACCCUCGAGCCAGGAGGCUGCUUUUAAGCCUCCCGGCCGGGGGGGUCUACUCAUGAGUAGCCAUGGCACAGAGCCGCAUUGCGGCUACUCACAAUUUUAAAAACUGGAUCUGCGGAGCAGUCGCUCUGCAAACCCGGUUUAAGGGGCGAGCGACUUGAGUGGGUUACCCGCUCAGGAACCACCAGGCUUGCAGCCAAGCCCGAUUUUCUACAAUCAUGUGAAUAGCCUCUGAUUUUUCUUUGCGCUGAAGAUUGCAUUGCUGUUUAUUUUAUGUUUCUGGUGAGGAGGGGUGGGGACGCUGGACAAAUUGUUCAUAAUAACACUCGACAGUGGAAAAUUCAUGUCAACUUCCUUCUUCUUCAAAAAAAUCAAAUCCAUCUCAGCUGGUCUUGCAUUUGCACAAAUGCACCUGUGAUUAGGCGCACAGUGUGUUUGUUGACAUAUUCACAGCAUUUCUUUUUAAUGGCAUUUAGCUUUCCCACUCAGAUCAGUGAUUUAAUGUUUUUGUUUUUAAUGUUGGAGGGAUGGAGGAGAGUCUGAAAUGAAAAGUUCAAUAAAGGAUGGGGGAAAGUUA